UGAGUGCGUGGGUGUGUGUGCAUACAAAAAGAUUCUAUAGCUAUAAUAAGAAGAAGAAGAACCAUUUACACAACAACUGGGAAAAGAGCACUCGCAGAGCACAAUGAGCUUCUUCAGUUCCCUUCAGCAGUACGUUACAAGUGGCGUGGCAGGGCUGGGACUGAAUCCCCGUCGGUUCUCGCUGUCCCGUCAAGAGUCCGCGGAAGCCACGACGCCGGCCGCCACCGCGACCAGUCCCAGUCCGAUGAUGAGCUCCGGCAGUUCGAUUGGCGGUAGCAGUCUUUAUGGGCCCAGCUCCUCCACUGGCGGUGGCAUGGGAGGGGGUGCCUCAGGCUACCCCAAAGUGGUGACACCGUCCGGACCCGGAGGCUCAAUCAGUGGGGCAUCAAGUGGCGUCGGCGGUGGCGGUGGCAUCGGUACAAGUGCCGGUGGAACUGGCAGCAGCACCAACCUCACAGUGGCCGGUUCCGGGGGAGCAGGCGGUGUCGGUGCAGUGGGAGCUGCCGGCGGAGCGGUGGGCAGUACCUCUCCGAUGCGCCGACAGUCGUCGGCUCGAGGCUUGGACACGUUGGUUCCCCCCGGGCGUUCCGGUUCGUUCCGAGGACGUAACUCUCCGAUCAAUCCGACCUCACCGGACAAGCCCUCCUUUUCGCUGUGGAAGCGACGACCCUCCUGGCCUGAGGUCGAAAUCAAAUCAUCGUCCGGCGUCCAGGAGAAUGACGGUUCCUACUUCGAAAGCUUCACUGCCCUGUCGUGGAAAAAUGAAAACAGACGGAUGUCGGCGGUCCGCGCGGUGGAAACCCGCGCCGAGGUACUGCCGGAAAACGAUAACGACCGACUGCUGGAGGACGACAUCGAACGUUCCGAACAGAAGGAGCAUCUAUAUCUGGACGUUCUAUACGCGAUUGCCAAUACGGUGGGCGCUCCGGCACCGGGUGGACAGUACAGCGAAAAAAAGUGGCUGCAAUUUGCUCACUACAAAGAGGAGAUGUACCUGCAGGCCCAGCGGGUGUUCAGCGUGUCCGCCGAUCGGCACUACCGGUUGCAGCACGCGGCCACCGAGGAGAAGCCCAAGAUAAUCGUGCUCACCGUCGUCGUCCAGGAAGCAGAAGGACUCGAAGCGAAGGAUGCUAACGGUUUCAGUGACCCGUACUGUAUGCUAGGAAUUCAGCCAUCGGGCACCCCUCCACCACCUUCGCCGCAGCCUCCGAUGACCCCGCGGACCCUCUCCGACACCGGGAUGGACAGCUUGGACUCGCCCGAGCACGGGAAACUCCGCAAACAUCACAGCUUUCGGUUGAGCUUCAAGCGCAAGGACGGCCGCCAACAGCGGGACUCGGUGGGACCCGUACCGGCCAAGUUCAUCCGGGCGACCUCCGUCAAACCACACACACUGUGUCCGAAGUGGAACGAAAAGUUUAAAUUUGACAUAGACGACAUCCACUCGGACAUUCUGCACCUAGACAUUUGGGACCACGACGACGAAAGUAGCGUGCUAGAUGCUGUGUCACGACUGAACGAAGUUAGAGGGGUUAGAGGAUUAGGUAGAUUUUUCAAACAAGUGUGCCAAUCGGCACGUCAGGGUUCGCAGGACGACUUCUUGGGUUGUGUCAAUGUUCCAGUCUGUGAUAUUCCUUCAACCGGUUUGGAGGGUUGGUUCAAGCUGGAAGCACGCAGUAGUCGUAGCUCUGUACAGGGCCGCAUUCGGCUAAAGCUGUGGCUCUCGACCCGAGAGGAUCGGGGCAACUCCGAGGAGGACAGCACCCUAGAGGUGAAGAAGUUCGAACGGCUACAAACGAUCUUCAUGAUGCACGAGCUCAACACUCACGAACCGGCGUGGAAGUGGAACGGUGAACUGGCAGGACCAUCACUCACUAUUCUACAUCAGAUAGCAGUACAGAGCGAUCUGUCCGACAUGCAAAUCUCAUUAGCGAAAUUGGUAGCUAUCAUUCGAAUCAAUCGCAAGAAACCUCUGGACACCAAAUUCAUCCACCGGCAGCUGAUCGAAGUCGACAAGCUGUGGAUUAACAACUACAGCAACGAACCACUGACCCGGGAACUGGAACAGUGGCUUGCCGACGCUCUAAACGGUUUCGUUGAACGAUCGCUCAGCCACAUGCGCCGCCACCGGGAAGUGUUCCCAGCAAAGCAUCAACCUUCACUCGUUCGGUUAGAGUUCCUACUGCGAUGUCUGGGUCUGUUGGGUUCGAUGCGAGCCUUCCGUCAGGUAAGCCCCUUCAGCAAAGGCGUUCGAGGGGAAAUCGUCGGGGCGCUUAGAAAGGGAUCGAUCACUUGGUCCCAGGCGCAACUACGGGAAGCUACGCGUUCACCCAACCCACUGGUACACUACACUACGAUACUGGUAGCGGAUCUGCAGCUUGGGCAGAUGUGCUACCACACACUUUUUGAUUCGACCAAUGGAAUACAGUACUUCAGCAUUGUGUACAAACAAUUCGACUCCUUGCUUGCCGAGGAAGUCUCCAAUCGCAUCGAAUCCGGUCAGCUACCAGGUUCUAUCGUCAACCACUGGACCAUCCUAGACAACGACCGGGAGCCGGACAUUGCGCCAUUCGAGAUCUACUUUGCUCUGCAACAAUUUCACAACAUGAAGUCUCAUCUCUCGGUAACCCCCCAGCCUCCGGAGAAACCACUCGGUCUGCAAAACUUUCACGAAUGGUUCGAGCCCGCAGUCCAGCGAUGGAUCUCCAUCAGCAAAACGAAAGCGAUCCAACGAAUCAAGGCCGCCGUCAAUGUAGACAGGCUUUGUGAAGGCGAACGGAUCGUGCGACACAGUACGUCAGCGAUCGAUACAGCCUCGUGCUUCUACCAGAUAAGGGAAUUCUGGAAAAACCUAGCCUGGCCAGAGCCAGGCUCGGGAGCGCACUACGAAGCUUUGAUCAUCGAUCUGGUAUGCACUACGGCAAACGUUUAUUCCGAUCAGCUCCAUCAGAAUCUUACGGAGAGUGGGUACUACGAUAAAUCGGGACCACCACGUUCCGCUGACGAAAUGUGUGUCAUCCUCAACAACUUGGAAUACGUUCGACGUGCUCUGGUCGAGUUCCACCCCACCACGCACCACCUUUCGGAGAAUGCAGAAAACCUAUUGGAAAAUACGAUUGCUCAACUGGAGAACAAAGCGGAUCGGGUGCUCAACAAACUAACUGCUUCGAUGCAAAGUCCGCUGCAGAAGGCCGUUUUCCAUCUUGCUUGGUCACCGGACUCCCUACCCGCCACUCAAGCCGUGAUGCCCCUCCUCGAAUACCUGGAUUCCCACCUGGCAACACUGAACAUAACACUGCUGACGCAAAACUUCUACCGUGCAAUGACUCAGAUUUGGAACAACGUUCUGACGGAGUUUGCCAAGCAGAUGGAUGCCGGUGGCGAAGGCGACAAGCCUAGUAACUUUCACGAUCGCAUGUACGGGGCGUUGCAGCUGCUCGGAGAUUUCUUCAACGCCGACGGCUUGGGGCUGACACCGGAGACCCUACACAACGAUCUGUACUGGCGAGUUGCUCAACGGCUGCAGUAUCACAAGACCGAUACGGAGCAGCUGAUCGAUCUGUUCUACCUGCAGAGACUGCAGGAACAGCUGAACACACUGGGGCCGACCUCGCUGGGCUCGCUGUCGGUAAAGGCGUACUUCAAUCACGACUCGCUGAGCGUCGAGGUGCUGCACGCAAAGGACGUCAUUCCGCUGGAUCCGAACGGCUUCAGCGAUCCGUUUGUGAUCAUCGAACUGCUGCCGCGGAGGCUGUUCUCGCACUGCUCCGAACAGCAGACCAAUGUGCAUAAGAAAACGCUCAAUCCCGUAUUCGACGAAUGUUUCGAGUUUUCCGUCACACCGGAUCAACUGCAAGCGGAAGCGGCCAUGAUCGUGUUCACUGUGAUGGACCACGAUGUGCUGACGGCGAAUGAUUUUGCCGGGGAAGCUUUCGUAGCGUUGAACACCAUUCCCGGUGUGGCCAGUACAUUCAACAUGAACAUCGAGAACUUAGACUGUGUGACGCAGAUCAGUCUGCCGCUGUUGGAAAUGAAGGAUAAGAGUCACCCAAUUUUACUGAUUUUGGAAGGCCGCGUCAAUGACAAGAAUGCCAUGGAAUUUGUACGAAAACAAAAGGCUCGCGUAGUAGGCUAAGUAAAUCAAAAAGUAACCGUAGAAGUAGACACUAGUGAAAACCAUUUUGUCAAUCACACAUAACGUUUAAAGAGGAUCAUUCGAUAGUUUUGAAAAAGUAAACAUAACCAAACAGUAAAACUACAGACAAGGCAACCUUUGCCAGUAACUCGUCAUUGGACAAAACCAUGAAUCUUGCUUUCAUGAUCGAUCAUUUUUGGAUUAGGUAAUCUGUAAAACUAAAAUAAAAUGACCGCUAAUUUUGUACGGAAAACUAACCUCUAGAAUUUAAUCUCACGCGAGUAAAACAAUGCCUUUCACCUGAUAAACCAACAACAUAUGUGUAAAUCCGAUUCAUACGUGUCAUAUUACACCUUAAGCAGAUAAACUAGUAGAGAAACCUAUACAGAAAAUAUACAAACAUAAACUAACGCGUAGUCAAUCCCAGCCAGACGUGUGAAACUCACCACUACCAGUAAGUGAAAACAGCACAAAACCAAUACACAAACAUUUAGAAACUAUCGUUUUGUUUCCUAUACAUGAAGUGCAUAUUUUUAUACAAAACUGUUUAUUUGAAUGCUCCACAAGCAUCAUCUACUGUUAAGUUUUAGCUAAACAAAGAAGUAAACUGAAAUCAACUGUAAACUAUUCUUAUCUUGUAUAUUUGAAUCUUUGUAUAAAAAAAAAUAAAUCUAACAAAAGAAACUUUAGAGAUGCUAUACAUAAGUUUAUACAAAACCAGAGGCAAAAACUAAAAAAAUAAAUCUAAACUAACGGAGUAGUGAAAUCGAACAAAACAAGUCUUUAAACAAAACAAAAAAGUCUAUGAACCAUAUUUUUAGAUAACAAAUCUCUCUCUUUAGGGGACAACAACAAAGAAAAAGAAAAUCGAAACCAAACCAAAAACCAAAAACAAAACAAAUGAAAUUAACUUUUAAGCUGUAAAUUUUCUCGAACAAACUGCAGAUAUUUUCUUAUGAAUGAAUAAAAAAAAAAACUUAAACAAACGCAAAAUCAAGGAAACGGUCGUCGCCCAGCCGGCGACCGAUCCGCUUGUAUAGUACGGAUUUGUUUAAAGGAAAAUACUACUUAACCCCCAUACUAACUCAUGCCAUGCCAUGCCACGCCACGCUGCAGUCAUUGCAAAACUGACAUAGAUACAUAUACAUACAUACCUGUCCUGAUUGUAGUACACACUGUGCGCGUAGAAUAACAGCCGAGUGUCUAUAUGUGCACUGAAAUUCAUCAGUUAGCUAAGUUGCUAAGCUUUCGUUUAAAAUUUAGGAUUAUUUACAAGAUCAGUGAAAAUAAAAAAAAAUAAAAUCAAAAUAGUAUACAUCUAAAGGGUGUCUACGAUA